AUGGACACUCGAGACGAGGUUUGGCGGCCUCCUCGCCGGCGCCCAAACACGACCUCGCAGACCCAGAAGACCCAGAAGAGACCUAAGCCGGUGGCCGCUGAUGUGACUCCGGCACAGUCUGUGCCGCGUCCACCCAUUGCAAAGCCUUUGCAAGCCCUCACCUUGGAGGAGACACGCGCACGUGAACAGGCUGUUAUUGAUUAUUUGGCCAAGAAAGGCUACAGCCGUACAGAGGCAAUGUUGCGCAUGGAGUCUGCCAACCAGGAGAUCGAUGGGCGUCCGCUCCCUCAGCUGGGGGAGGAUUCUCGUCCCAAGACUCGACAAGGCUUUGAUUUACUGAAGAAUUGGGUUGAGGAAAAUCUUGAUCUGUACAAGCCUGAACUUCGGCGUGUUCUAUGGCCGCUGUUUGUCUAUUCCUUUUUCAACAUGGUCACUUCCUUCUAUCCUCAGGAUGCGAAGUCAUUUUUCGAAACCAACAAGAACAUGUUCCUUCCUGAGCAUACCGAUGACGUCCGCCACUUCGAGCCUAUCAGCUUGCCGGAGCACCUGCAGGACAACUCCGUUGCUAAGCUUUACCGAAACAACAAAUAUCGCGUUGUGUUAAGCAACCCCGCUUACACCAAUCUUCUCCAGUUCCUGGAGAGCAAGGAUAAGGAGGGAGGUUCUGUCAUGAACGCAAUUCUCAGCAGCUUUUGCUCGGUGAAAACUUUGGACCGAGCAGCAGAUGACCGAUUCAGUUUCGCUGCCAUGUUGAACCAAAUUAGUGCGGACCAGACCUUCCCGGCUGAAGAUGAAGGCAUUCCGGGACACCACCCCGGCUCGGCUUACACUGGUGACAACCCGGCCAUGGCCGGCACACUUCCCCGCCUGAAACUCGGAAGACUCCCUAUGGAACAACUUCUGGAGGAGGAUGUGCGGGCUGAACUGGCCGAGGAAGAUGCGAAACAACCUCCUGCCGCUGGCCGUAACACCCUCAUUCAAGAGUUCGACCAAAUGAUUAAAAAUGAAGAUGACGAAGAAGCACCUAAUCGUGCAGAUCUUCCUUUCCCUCAGUCCACUGCUCGUGACGUCCAGAUUGAGGUGAAGAAGGUUAUGGAACAUCGCGACCGGUUCGAGAUCAAGGCUCGCACAGGUGGUGUCGGUCCUGGGCUUAGUGUGUGCAUGUUCACAUUCCACAACACUUAUGAUGGAGUUACUUGCAUGGACUUUUCAGAUGACAGCCAGGUUGUUGCCGUCGGAUUCCAGCAGUCAUAUAUUCGAAUUUGGAGCCUUGAUGGCACCAACAUUCAAGCUGCUGACCCUGACCUCGAUAACUCGCCACCUGCCAGCUCGCGCCGUCUUAUCGGCCAUGCGGGUCCCGUCACUGCUGUUGCAUUCCAGCCUUGCGCAUCUGCUCGCGAGAGCCUUUCGGGAGAUGACAAGGUUGCCACCAAUGCACGCUGGCUGCUUUCAUCAUCCAUGGACAAGACAGUUCGCCUUUGGUCUCUUGAUAGCUGGCAAUGUAUGGUCGUCUACAAGGGCCACGACCGCCCUGUCUGGGACCUAAGCUGGGGACCCUUUAGUCACUACUUUGUCUCCGGUGGAUCUGACCGGACCGCCCGUUUGUGGGUGAGUGACCAAAUCCGCCAGCAGCGUAUCUUCGUCGGUCACGAUCAUGAUGUGGAUGUCGUCUGCUUCCAUCCCAACUCAGCAUACAUUUUCACUGCCAGCUCUGAUCACACUGUCCGCAUGUGGGCUGUUUCGACUGGUAAUGCCGUCCGCAUGUUCACUGGCCACACUGGCAGUAUCACCGCGAUGGAGUGCAGCCGCGAUGGAAAGCUUCUAGCAUCCGCUGAUGACCAGGGUUGCAUCAUCUUGUGGGAUCUGGCUCCUGGUAGACUUCUGAAGCGCAUGCGUGGCCAUGGCAAGGGUGGGAUCUGGUCUGUCAGCUGGAGCGUGGAGUCCACGGUGCUGGUCUCCGGUGGAGCUGAUGGUACCGUGCGAGUUUGGGAUGUUGCUGGUUCACAGGAAACCACACAGGGUGGCCGUAUCAUCGGCGAAACAGGUACUGGAACCAGACUGGAUGCAGCCGCAAACCCCUCGACGAGCCAGACCAAGAAAAAGAAGGGAAAGGACGUCGUUGUCACGGCCGACCAAAUCAGCGCUUUCCCGACUAAGAAGUCUCCUGUCUACAAGGUCAAGUUCACCAAUAUGAAUUUGGUGGUUGCUGGUGGUGCCUAUUUGCCUUAA